AUGCACUCUUUGGAAAAACACAACUACAUAUCAAGAAACAUCCACAAGAACACGCCCUCAUUUUCCUCCACGCUUCUCGAGGAAAUCUACCGUUCGGUCGACGCCAAAUCGGAAGACUUCCCGCCAAAAAGAGGAAAGCCAGCGAAAAACCAGGGCAUCUGUCUUGCCAAGACCAACAUAAUAGAAGACGAAUUCAGAGCAAGCCUCACAAGGGCGCGUUUGGUUGAGAAAUGGAUCCAAAACGCCAAAAACCAAAAAAAUCCCCCCAAAAGAUCGGAAAACAACAGCGAUUUGUUGUUCUUCACCUCGACCUCGAGCUCCAAUUCCGACAGCUCUGGCGCGCUCUCGUCGUCCGACACGGAGUUCUUCGCCUCCCAAACAGGCCCUAAGGUGUCCUGCUUUUCAACCCGGCCCAAGCCCAUCCGGACCACCUGCUUGCCGGCCCACGAGAGCAAAUGGGCCGACCACGACAAAUCACAAGCAGCCCACAAAAUGUACUCCGAUUUGAAAAAAGCAAAGAAGCAGCCGAUUUCACCCGGCGGCCGCCUGACAAGCCUCAUAAGCUCGAUUUUCGCCAACGCAAGUGGGAAAAUGCCGAAAAAUGCGGGCCCAAGGUCCUGCCUCAGCAAAUACUCGUUUGGGUCAAGGGAGAAGACGAAGAGUGGGGCCCACGAAGCAACGGUAAGUGUAUUGGAGGAAUCGAAAUCGAGUAAAAUGGAGAAAUGUGGGAAAAUUGAGGUGGGUGUGGAAAAUGAGAGGAAAGGGUAUAAUGGUAAUAAAAAGAUGGAUGAUUUUUCGGUGAUUGGUGAAAUUAGGGAUUGCGAUGGGAUUAGUGACUCGAGUUCGGAUUUGUUCGAGCUAGAUCACUUAGACUUGUUCGGGGAUAGUAGUACAUUUUGCAAGGAACUUCCGGUUUACGAAACCACUUGUUUAGAUGCUAAUCGUGUUAUUACCGAUCGUUUGAUUCGGUGA